AAGAAAAUAUGCUCAAGCUAUAAAAGCCAAGCCCCGGUGACGAUCCCAUACCCACUUUUCCAGUCUCAUGUUGAAGAUCUUUAUGUAGAAGGACUUCCUGAAGGAAUUCCUUUUAGAAGACCAUCUCCUUAUGGAAUUCCUCGCCUUGAGAGGAUAUUACUUGCCAAGGAAAGGAUUCAUUUUGUGAUUAAGAAACAUGUUGAAGGACUACCAGAAAACAUUCCUUUUAGAAGUCCCUUAUGGUAAGGAAUCCCAAGGCUGGAAAAAAUCAUUCAAGUCGGCAAUCGAAUCAAAUUUAUUAUUAAAAGACCAGAACUUCUGACUCACAGUACAACUGAAGUUACUCAGCCGAGAACGAAUACACCAGUCAAAGAAGAUUGGAAUGUCAGAAUUACCAAGCUACGGAAGCAAGUGGAAGAGAUUUUUAAUUUGAAAUUUGCUCAAGCUCUUGGACUUACUGAGGCAGUAAAAGUACCAUAUCCUGUGUUCGAAUCAAAUCCCGAGUUCCUUUAUGUAGAAGGCUUGCCAGAAGGAAUUCCCUUUUGAAGCCCUACCUGGUUUGGAAUUCCACGACUUGAAAGGAUUGUCUGUGGGAGUAAUAAAAUCAAGUUUGUUGUUAGAAAACCUGAACUAGUUGUUUCCUACUUGCCUCCUGGAAUGGCUAGUAAGAUAAACACUAAAGCAUUGCAGUCUCCAAAAAGACCACGAAGCCUUGGGAGUAAUUCAAAGGUUCCUGAAACUGAGGUCACUGUUGAAGGUCCUAAUAACAACAGUCCUCAAACCUCAACUGUUCGAACCCCUACCCAGACUAAUGGUUCUAAUGUUCCCUUCAAGCCUCGAGGGAGAGAAUUUUCCUUUGAGGCCUGGAAUGCCAAAAUCACGGACCUAAAACAGAAAAUUGAAAAUCUUUUCAAUGAAAAAUGUGGCGAAGCUCUUGGCCUUAAACAGGCUGUGAAAGUGCCAUUUGCAUUAUUUGAAUCUUUCCCAGAAGAUUUUUAUGUGGAAGGCCUACCUGAGGGUGUGCCAUUCCGAAGACCAUCUACUUUCGGCAUUCUGAGGCUGGAGAAGAUACUCAGAAACAAGGCCAAAAUUAAGUUCAUUAUUAAAAAGCCUGAAAUGUUUGAGAUGGCAAUUAAGGAGAGCACCUCCUCUAAGAGCCCUCCAAGAAAAAUAAAUUCAUCACCCAAUGUUAAUACUACUGCAUCAGGCGUUGAAGAUCUUAACAUCAUUCAGGUGACAAUUCCAGACGAUGAUAAUGAAAGACUGUCAAAAGUUGAAAAAGCUAGACAGCUAAGAGAACAAGUGAAUGACCUCUUCAGUCAAAAAUUUGGUGAAGCUAUUGGGAUGGGUUUUCCUGUGAAAGUUCCCUACAGGAAAAUCACAAUCAACCCUGGCUGUGUGGCGGUUGAUGGCAUGCCCCCUGGGGUAUCAUUCAAAGCCCCUAGUUACCUGGAAAUUAGCUCCAUGAGAAGGAUCUUAGAUUCUGCUGAGUUUAUCAAAUUCACAGUCAUUAGACCAUUUCCAGGACUUGUGAUUAAUAACCAAUUGGUUGAUCAGAAUGAGUCAGAAGGCCCAGUGAUACAAGAAUCAGCUGAGCCAAGCCAGUUGGAGGUUCCAGUGACAGAAGAAAUAAAAGAGACUGAUGGAAGCUCUCAGAUCAAGCAAGAACCAGACCCCACGUGGUAGACCUGCUCCCUCCUAGGCUUAAAGUAUCAGUGGUUGAGAAGAGCUUUUUGGACCUGUUACCGCCCCAAGCUGUGUAAUAUACUUGUAUAACAGAAAUACCUUCUAUACAAACCUUUUUUUCUACUUUUAGAU